AUGUCCAGCUUCCUCUCCUCCAAGAGCUCCAAGAGUUCCUCCAAGAGCAUGUCGAGCGACGCUGCCUCCACACACUCCACGGUUUCCACCGCAACCACCCUCAGGGGUACUGAGCUCUCGAAGAACAAGUGGUUCUCAUUGCUCUCCGAGCCCAAGCAUGUCACCAAGUCAGACGCGUUCUAUGCCAAACAGGCCACACACAAUGAAGCAGUUGCCAGCUACUUCAGCCUGCGCUGA